GUAUAUAAAAUGUACUGGUAUAUAAAGUGUACUGGUAUAUAAAGUGUACUGGUAUAUGUUUUAUACCAGUACACUCAUGACUGGGAUAGGAAGCAUACUAGUAAACCUCUCGCUUAAAAAGCGCCAAGCACUGUACACAAACGAAAUGGGUAGUAUGAAAUAACAUCAUUCUUGAACAUGAACCACGCCAGACAUCUGUAUGCUCGGCCUUCUCGCGCUGCCAAAAGGAGCUUGGCUGAUACGAUAUACACUCCGCCGCGGUAUUCGCUCCGUCAUCACGCCAGGACCGGUCCACACGAAGCUCUUGAAGUCACGCUUGUCUCCCAAAUUGACCUCGAGAUGGAUGUGGAAAACUGUGUCUUCUGCCUCGAAGUAUUAGGCGGGAACAGAAAAGCUUUGGAGACCUGCGGCUGUGUUGUCUGUCUGGAAUGUGCAGACGGCAUUACCAUGGCGCAGUGUCCACGCCCGGAACAUGCGCAUAUGAAACAAAAACUCAGACGGCUUUUUGACUCAUCGUGUAUGGUAUGCUACGAGGAAAAACCUGUCAUGAUAGCUCCGAAGUGUGGUCAUAUCUACUGUGAGCUGUGCUAUCGCAGGAUCUGCCGUGAUUGGAAUAAAGAUUGCUCUAUAUGCAGGGAACGAAUGGCACAUGCCCGGUAUAUUCGGCCUGCGCGGUGUGGAAGGCUGACGUGCAGAUGGAAGAGAGUGGUACGAUUUGAGAAACGUUGAGUUGAGCCUGAUGCCUCGACUGUCUGUUUAUUUACUUUGCUGCCUUCGCCAGGCCUACCGAUACAUUUUAUUGGGGCAAUUUUAGAUCCUGUGUAAAAAUAAAUCCCAGGAGAUUAUUCAGCGGAACCAUUGUAGCUUAGGUAAAAGUUCCCCUGUUCCCAGAGAUCCUAGGUUUUUUUACAGCGGCAAUAUUAUUGCAUAGGAAAGAUUGCCGCUGAAAAAAACCCGCUGCUCUCAAAAAUCCUAGGAACUUUUGCAGCGGAAAUCUUAUUUAAAGAAAGCAGGAAUCCAAAAACAGAGCUAUUAGGGGUUGAAAAAUGGCCACCAUAGGAGGAAUUGUUUAUGGACCCCAGGAGCAGCAGGGGGCUUUGUCAUUUCAUCUAACGACUGCUUUAGUAAAGCUUAGCUGACUCACAAAGCAUAAGAGGCACCGACUACAUUGAC